AUGGUCAUGCAUUUCACUCCGCAGUCAAUUCUUGAUAAGCUUAAACAUUUGACGAUGAAAAUCAAUUGGUUUCGGUUACGUUUGGUUCUGAGUAUUGCCGUCGGUUUGGGACUGUUCGCAUAUGUUUUGUACGGAUGUAUUGUCGAUCGAGUUCGUUUGAUAUCACUCGCAUCGUUUAACUACAAAAAUUUUUGGGUGAGUAUAAGGGUUCUUCUGCACUAUAUUCAACACAAAUACAACACCAGAUACUUGUUUCAGGUGAAAUGGAGUCCGGUGUUGUGGGGUAUUUUAUUGCAAUAUGUAGCCGGAUUCGUUGUGCUGAAGUGGUCAGCAGGUCAAAUCGCGUUUCAGUGGGCAACAGAGCAGUUAGUUCGAUUCCUUGAUUACACCAGUAAUGGUACAACGUUUGUAUUCGGUUUCGUUCCGAGGCCACCGAAUAUCUGCGGUAUAGAGGGACCAUUCUCCUUUACGUCAUUGCCCAUUAUUAUUUUCUUCGCAUCGUUAUGUUCAACAUUCUACUAUUUGGGUGUAGUGCAAUGGUUUCUGCUGAAGAUGGCCAUCUGUUUGCAGUACUCAAUGGGUACAACUGCAGCUGAAUCUCUCAACGCUGUUGCAUCUGUAUUCUUGGGACCGGUAACACAUCAGUAUAUGUAA